AUGAAAGAGAUUUUAUCGAAGAAACGACGAUUGAAAGACUUUGAGACAGUGGCACUUACCGAGGAGUGCAGUGCAAUUCUACAAAGGAAGCUUCCACAAAAGUUUCAAGAUCUGGGGAGUUUUACUAUCCCUUGUACUAUAGGGAAAUUUGAAUGCAAACAUGCUCUUUGUGAUCUUGGAGCAAGUAUCAAUCUCAUGCCUCUAUCUGUUUUUCGAAAGCUUUGUCUUGGUGAGGCAAAGCCUACUACUAUUACUCUUCAGCUCGAGGAUCGAUCAAUCAAGCACCCAAGGGGAGUUAUUGAAGAUGUGUUAGUCAAGGUUGACAAGUUUAUUUUUCCAGCGGAUUUCAUUGUUCUAGAUAUGGAGGAGGAUACAACGGUUCCCAUUAUUCUUGGGAGACCAUUCUUGGCUACCGGGCAAGCCCUUAUUGAUGUGCAAAAGGGGGAGUUGAGGUUGAGAGUUCAAGGGGAAGAAGUGGUCUUUAAUGUAUUUAAGGCUAUGUCUUAUCCAAGAGCAAGUGAUAGCUGCUUUAAUGUUGAUGUGAUUGAUGAGGUGGUUUCAAAAAAGAGGAUUACUAAUGAUCCUCUUGAAUUGGCUCUGGUGUUGGGUGGUGAUAAUGAAGAGGAGGAUUUGGAGACUCAUGAGUAUGUGAAAUGGAUCAAUUCUUAUGGUCCAUAUUACAAGAAGAAAUUUGAAGAAUUGGGGCAAGUGCCUGAGCGCCCCAUACCAUCUAUUGAGAAGCCUCCAGUCCUUGAGUUGAAGUCUUUACCGGAGCAUCUUUGUUAUGUGUACUUGGGGGAAAAAGAAACGCUGCCGGUUAUUAUAUCUUCAUUGUUGUCAAAAGGUGAAGUAGAAAAACUUUUGAGAAUUCUUAUGGAAGAAGAUAGCAAACCUUCCAUUGAAGCUCAAAGAAGGCUAAAUUCCUCUAUGAAGGAUGUUGUUCGAAAGCAAAUACUUAACUGGUUGGAUGCGGGGGUAGUCCAUCCUAUUUCUGACCGUGCUUGGGUGAGCCCUGUUCAAGUGGUGCCUAAAAAAGGAGGAAUAAAUGUAGUAAAAAAUGAGAACAAUGAACUCAUCCCUACGCGUACUGUGAUGGGAUAG